AUCAUGGUUUGAUGUCACAGACCAAUCACAUGAGAUAAGGCGUGUAGCACGUCACUUAGUCACCCAAUCAGAUUCCCUGUAAACAUCACACCGGCAACGAGACUCACCGCAACGUGGGUUGCCAAGACAAUCAACGAACACUUAUACACAGAUAUGGAACAUGAGUCGUAGCACACGCACUCACAGACACUCACCAUCCACUCUGAACUUGGUGAGGUUGUCCAUGUCAGAGAUGGACAAAGUCUGAGAGAUGUGCCGUGUUCCAUAGUGAGAUGGCAGACAGAGAGUGAUACUUAGAGGCUAGCUCCAACUGGAGGAAACCAGACAGUGACAGGCAGAGGUCCAUUAACUCAUUCACUCACAAAAUACACAGGUAGCCAAUGGUGGUUAAAAAAGAUGGUACUACUCCCUAGAAAGCGAACAACUAUUGGCCAGAGCCUAAAUUAGUUGUCUGGUAGCUCCAUACGUACCAGCCCACAGUUGUCUGACAGAGUGGGCAUGUCAUUGACAACUUCUGCUGCAGCAGUGGGCAGCCCGCUGCUAUGUACCUGAAACCAUCCACUGAGAUCUUUAGGGACAAGAGAGAGAGACACACGCAUGCACACACACACACACUACAUUAGAACAUUAGAGAGCAGUGGGGUGAGAGAGAGGAAGAGGGUGAAUAUGGACAUGUUGUAAUUUUCAACAAACAAGUUAGCUGCAGCCUUUCUGUCUCUCUCUCGCAGCAAAGUACAACCACUUAACCAGCUGGGAAAAUGCUGGCCCUGGUGAGAGUCCAUGUUCAUGCUGGAGUACAUGUGCAUGUGGGUGUGUGUGUUGUAAUUUAAAACCAGUGCGUAAGUUGUAGCCCCCUCCCUCUCUCUCUCUCUCUCUCUCUCUUUCUCUCUCUCUUCCUUUCAGAGCCAGAGAGAGAACCUUUCUCGUUCCCCAGGGUCAACAUACAGACUUGGUGAGGAGCACACAAACUGACUCUAGUGCAGCCAGGGGGCAGAGGACACAGAUGUGUUGGAAAACUGAUCUGGAUAUAGUUAAAGCAGAUAGAAGAGGAGACAUAUGGAUCAGAGAGGGCCGCAGAAACUGACCUGAGUGCAGCCGGAGAGAUUGAGGUGGAUGAGCUUGUGGCGACCCUUCCCUUUGGCCAGCUCUGCACCUGCAGCCUGUUAUCAGCCUGAUUUCACUAAUUCAAGUCUUCUCACUUUCUUCAAUUUGUGAACAGCAGCUGAAUCACAUUAUAUUAGACACUGUCAACAUGCAAUCCUCCACUCCCAUUUUCCAGUAAAACCUCCACUCCACCCACUGCUUCACUCUAGCUAUCCCGAGCGAGAGGCAGCCCCAGCUGGGCUCAGGAUGCGUGUGACCUCCCCUCUCCUCCUGGCUCUCCUAGUACUCCUGCUGCUCCCACCACCCUCCCAGCUGAGGAAGGCAGGCCAGGGUAGGCGGCUCAAAGUAGGCAGACGCCUCCUCAGACGGGACAGGGUGAGAGGUCGGGGGCGCCAGGGCAGGUCAGGAGACAUCAGGCAUCAGGUCCCUGAAUGCUCAGAGUACAGCGACUCCGAAGACCUCUUCGUGGACUGCCAAGGGAGAAAACUUUCCUCCAUCCCCACUGCCUUGUCCUGGUCACGGGCUCCAGACCACCUCCUGCUGGCCCGUAACCGUAUCCGGGCCCUUCACGACGGGGCCUUCUCUGGCUUCGAGGGCCUGAGGAGCCUGGACCUGCAGCAGAACCGGAUCUCAGUGUUGGAGGAGGGGGUGUUCCUGGGCCUGAUACACCUCACCACCCUUCUGCUGCAGCACAACCGUCUGGGCACGCUCAGCGAGGAGGCUCUCAUCCCCAUGCCAGCCCUGCGCUACCUGCGUCUCCAUGACAACCCCUGGAGCUGCCGCUGCACACUCGACAGUCUGGUUCGCACCCUGCAGGUGCCCAGCAACCGUAACCUGGGGAACCAUGCCAGGUGUGCGGAGCCAGUUGGGCUGAGGGGCAGGAAGCUGAGACAGGUGGACCCAGAGCUGCUGUGUCUGGAGCUGGAGCCUCCCAGCGACCCCCCAGACCCGCAUGGGGAGGACCAGAGGGACUCCACAUACCCUCUGCAGCCCAUCCCCAUCAGGGGCAAGCCAGACGCCACCACCUCCUGCCAUACCUACCUGUUCCCCACACCCCGGCUGGACUGCAGAAGCAGAGAUCUGGCGGAGGUUCCUGCAGACAUCCCAGGGGACAUGGUUCACAUGGACCUGUCCCAAAAUUCCCUCCGGCGCCUGAAGGCCAGAGACUUUGUGGAGGCCAGAAGCCUAAGGUCACUCAAUCUCAGCGACAACAACUUGGAGGACAUGGACACAGCCUCCCUGUCUGGCCUUCUCCACCUCCAUGAGUUGGACCUUUCCAACAACAACCUGCACUUCUUCCACUAUGGUGUUCUAGAAGAUCUCUAUUUCCUGUCCCUGCUAAGGUUGGGGGGAAACCCCUGGGUCUGUGACUACAGCAUCCACUACCUGGUGUACUGGCUACGUCUGCACCCAGGGGUGACCCACUCUGGCCUGCUGUGCGACUCCCCUCCUGAGCUCAGAGGAAAGAGUGUGGAGGACUAUGUUCACUCCUACAACAGAGCCUGCAGCCAGACGGAGCACAGUCAGACAGAAUACGGCCAGACAGAUCCAGAAUUGUGGGUCACAUCUAUGGAGCUGCAGGAGGAGCUAGAGGAGAUGGAACCGGCACAUCUGAGAGGACCGCAGAAAUACCACGUCACCAGGUUGAAUUAACAAACUACCCCAGGAUGGAAUGACUGACAUCUUGAACACCUUUAAUUACUUUGUCUUCCUUUUAUAGAGCAUUCAAAUUAAUUAUGUAUCAGAUGGUAAACUUGAACUUUGUUCAAUAUUGUUGUUCCUGCUUUGUCCCAAAAAAAUCAAAAAACAAGAAAUAACAAUCCAAGUAGAUAUAUUGGAUUGAGCAUGUGUGAGAAUCCAGAAUAUACAUGUGGUGUGUAUAGACAGUAUAUAAUUUGGAAGAGAAAAUGGUAUGUACAGUAUUAGGUAUAUUAGGAUGAGCUUUAUCUAGAAUACAAUAUAUACAUACACAGUGAGUAAACAACAGUAUAUAAACAGAAUAUGAGGUGACCAGCAUUCAAUAGAUUUUUUGGGGGCGGCAGGUAGCCUAGUGGUUAAAGCGUUGGGCCAGUAACCGAAAGGUUGCUGGAUCGAAUUGACAAGGUAAAAAUCUGUCGUUCUGCCCCUGAACAAGGCAGUUAACCCACUGUUCCUCGGUAGGCCGUCAUUGUAAAUAAGAAUUUGUUCUUAACUGACUUGCCUAGUUAAAUAAAAAUAAAAAAAUAAAAAUGGCUCUACAUAAAUGGGGCAUUAGUCUGUAGGCCUUGAUUUACUGCAGGUCUACUCAAACUUUUCACCCAUACUGUUUAUGCCAUUUGCACUCCCAUUGUGAGUCAAUCUGAAUCCAUUUCAUUUUGAGAGCACACAGCAGAACAAUCGCUCUGCCUCCAUUCCUCAUGCUAUUUUCCCACAAUUAUAUUAAGAUUUUGCCAUAACACAAAUACUAAAAAUACUGUCUAAACUGUCAACAAAGCAUUUAGGAGCCCUGCUCCUUUCCCAAACAUAGUCAUGGCCCAGGAAUAUUUAUUUGGCAAGAUGUUUGAUUAAAAAAAAAAAGCAUAGUAAUCUCUGCCAAGAAAUAAGCCUUGGUACCAUAGCUACUCUGUAACUGCUAGAUUCCUACAGAAUGGUCCCAGACAAAACAGUCCUGUAUAAUAUUAUUAUAGGUAAACAUUUAUUUUAUGUGACCCAUUUCCUAGCAUAUCCCCACACUAAACAUGAACCACUGCUGAUUAGUUUCCCUGCGGUUACAACACCCCUGGCCCUAGAAAUCAAAAACAAGUCACUAAAAAUGUGCUUUGCUAGCAGACAUAAAACACACAGGGGAACUUGUUAUUAUGGGGUAACUGCUUUAAGAAAAGGGUCCAAUGACACUAUCAUCCAGAGAAAGAGAGCCAUUCCAUCCACAUAAACCCAAUUCAAACGAAAAGUUUUUUUUAAAGUGCGCUAACGCUGGAAAUAUAAUGCAUAUAGUGUGUGAUGACAGCCCAUGUACAAUUAGCACAAGAUGCUGCGCGGUGAAACACCACUUCCCAUUCAUUUCAAUGGGAGGAAAGCGGUGAGAACCGGAGAGGGCGUGGGUCCUUUGGGCAGUGCGAAGGUGGCGUGGGAGGCUGUGAAAAAGAUAAACUUUUCAAAACUUUAUGGAAAAUCACCAGCGGCGACCGCUGGGCGAUGACCAAUCAUAUCGAGUGGUUCCCAUGACGAAUUUGACACAAUGCGACCCAUGGCUGGAGACUUUCUUUAGCAAAGAUGGCUGACAAAAAUACUAGGAUGGAAGCAAAUGUAAGUGAUUAUAACGGCAUAACGAAUCAUGCAAAAAAUGUACAGUUGACAGGAAUAUGUCAGUUAAUGUAGAGACAAACGAUUAUGCAUAUUCUUUUGUCAAAGUUUAUUUACGAAAAUCGCGAUUUAACAAGACCACCUGACUGGCUAACAUUAGCCAACUAGCUGGCUAGCUUUAUGGGUGUUGUGACAUGAGUAUGACAUUGUAAUUCUGGUUGUUUAAUGUUGUAUGGACUCCUGAAACAACCAGCAAACCAGGCUGUUGUCUUGUGAAACAGUGGAUGUAAAGAAUCUAGCUAGCUAAAGCAUUUUCUGCACAUUUAAUGUACAAUUGUGUAAGCUUGCCUUGCUGAUAUUUGCCAUGCAAUGCAGAUAGAUUAAAUAAUGUAGCUAGCUAACUAUUUUCUUGCUUAUUGUGCAGUGGAGAAUAAAAAAACCUGUAUGUC